AUGGCACCAAAUGGUCCCUACAAACUCGUCACCGUCAACACUGCGCCAGAGCGCGCGGAGAGAUUGAUCGGAAGAGUGAUCGAGGAUUUGAAGGAUCAGUAUACGAUCCAACAUAUGACGAACUCUAUCGACGCAGUAGAAGGGACAGUGAAGGAAAUUCAGCCUGAUCUUCUUUUCUGCGCCUCAAUGUGGACACCGGAAGAAAGUGCUCGCAUCCAGCAAAUUGCACGAGACAGUGAUCCUCGGAUUAAGACGCAUGCGAUCCCCCAUGGCCUACAGGUGGAGAAGGGCCCAAAUGCCGUGGUCGAGUAUGUGAAGGAGCAAAUUCCGGAGAUUCUAGGGUAG